CACUGCUCCCUCCUCCUGGCUUUCCCCUCAUGCUGAGGGAGGAUCCAGGAAGGUUGCCAGCUGGUGACAGAGGCAAUGCUCCAUUGACACACAGCAGCAAGCAAGCGAGCGAGCAAGGAAGACACGCUGGAAGAAAAAAGCUAAAAAGCCUCAGUCGCCAUGCCUCAGUUUUCAGACCUCGAGAAUGCCAUCAACACACUGGUCACCCAGUUCCACUCUGCUUCAGCUGACAAUGGUCCCACGCUGAAAACGGAUGAAUUCAAAGGUCUUCUGUCCUCCCAGAUGCCUAAUCUGGUAAAGGGGGUCGGCACGGACCAGGGAAUGAGCGAGAUCCUGCGGAAGAUGGGUGUAGGCGACGGCGAGGGCAUCUCUUUCAAGCAUUUCUGGAACUUAAUCCAGUCGUUAGCCACCUCGCAGCACAGCCUCCUCAGCGGCCAGGGCUCCUCGUGCAGCUGCAUCCUCCUGUGAAGAGCAGGCUCUCACCCCGAUACAUCAGCAAGCUCUGAGUCUCCACCCUGAAAUGUAACUAAACAAGAGUAACACAUCCCUCCCCCCAUCAGGUGUCAGACAGAAUACCAACGUGCAAAGUCUCAUCUGCACACAGCAAACUAUUCCCAACAUUUAUCACUAGUAUAUUACAGUUUCUUAAUCCUGUGGUCUCUGUCUGACAGGUUUCCACAUUACGCUUCUGCCAGUAUACUACCCAGCAUCCUUUGCACCAGCUCAAAUACAUUUUUAAAGGUUUUAAGAAUCAAGCUACAAUUUGAACAAACUUACAAUGAAAUAAUGUAAUCAUCCUCAUACUUAUUAUCUGUUUGUAGCCAUUUGGUGAUGUUUUAUUUAACACAUUGGCUAAGGUUGCUGUUAUUGGACAGGACAGUAUAAUUUUGGCUGGCAUGUUACUAGCCAUAGAAGGCUAGCAGUCCUUCUUUGUAAAGAUGAACACUCUUAUUUUGUUCCAUUGCUCCCAGAUCCAACUCAGUUGUCAUCUAUGUGAAGGUCUAAAACAUUGCCUGUAAAGUUGGAGGAGAUCUGCGGAAUGGACGUUAAGUUCAGUUCAGACCAAAGAUUCAUGACGCCAGUCUGCAACAUUCUGAAAACCUGCCAGUUCACACGAAUACAACUAGACAACAUGUUGUACUGUCUAUAUAGCAACGACUCUCUAUACCUCCUUUCAAACUGACAGCUUUUCAGGUUUUUUUUGUGGUUGGAUACAAAUUGUAGGGUCUUAAAGCUGCAGUAGGUAAUUUAAUUAUGUUGUUGUUUAAUUAUGUUUUUUUGAUCAUAUUUGCUGUAACUUUCACUAUAUCCUGACAGUAGCACAUCAGAAAGAUUAUCUGUGAAAAAAUCUGGUUUCUUUGGCUCUUCCUAGUGCUCCUUAUGGCAUUUACAAUAAUCCACCGGGCCUGAACUAAAACAACCAAUCAGAGCCAAGUAAGAUAGUUGAUUGAGUCUCAUUCCCAGGGUGUCAAAUACAGGCACUUUUGGAUCCUGGGAAUGAGACUCAACAACUAUCUUCAAGCUUCCAACCCAAACAGACUUUAUAUGUUUCUUGGCUCUGAUUGGUUGUUUUCAUUCAGGCCCAGUGGAUUCUUACAAAUGCCAUUAGGAGCACUAGGAGGAGCCUGGGGGAACCAGAUUUUUUUAACAGAUUAUCUGUCUCAUGUACUACUGUCAGGAUAUAGAGAAAGUUUCAGCUAAUAUGACAAAAACAUUUUUUUAUAAAAGUUACCUACUGCAACUUUAAAAUAUGAAUGGGGAUAGUGAUUACUUGCUACAGUUGCAUUUUAUUGAUGAAACUGCGAAAAAAUAUAAAUAUUAUUACACAUACUCAUAUUCAUACCGCUGCAACUUUUCCCUACAGCGUUCUAAAACAAUUUUGUCUUGUCAUGAACCCUUGGUCUGAUGUCAUUGGACUGCGCGCUGUAUAAACUAAUUACACACAUUGAACACUUCAGCAACUAUCAGGUAAUCCAGCAAGCAUUAGCACACAAGGCCCUCACACUCAUUUUGAAUUGAACUUUUCGCUUUCGCAAAAAUGUUGUCUUCUGUUGAGCCGCCCACUGUUGUGAUAUUCACAACGUAGUGAGAAUACCACAACAAUGGUGCUUGAUUGCAUUUUAAAAGCUCAAAGAGUUCUGACAGCAUAGCCUUAAAAUGGAGAAAACAUCAUUCACCAUUUUAGAAAAAGGAAUGAGAACAGGGUCAUAAGUGUUGCCUAGCAAAGGCCCUCUCACUAGUUAACCACACAAAAGCCAUCAUUAUCAUUUAUAUAGAAUAAUAUAGUCAACAUUGCAUGUCUAAAAGGCUAACUCACAAGUGCCAUUUAAAGGUGCAUCAGUAUAAGAGCAUGUAUCAUCAGAGUUGAGGCCAGAUUGUAAUUGUCACUGAAACACUAUUAAAAUGAUGAUGAUGUGAAAUGUGUUCGAGUUUAUGCAAAACAAGCAUAUGUUCUUUUAUCUGCUAGAAUAAGAUUUGUUGGCCAGAUAAUCUCCACAGAACUACAGUACUUCAUUGUAACGCUGUCGUGUCACAUGUUUUACCCUUUGUCUAAAAAUUGCAGCUUCUGCGAUUUGGAUAUUGCACUUGGCCAUAUUGCAAUUUUGAUACUUUAAUUAAUUGUGCAACCCUAACUUUAAGUGUUAAAACUUUUCUGAAUCUUUACUUAUGUGACAUUAAUCAUCUCAGUUUGACCUUGCGAGUCAGUAACAAAACACAAGUGUAGUUUGGAUUCUUUCUAAAUGCAAUCACCUGGAAAAACAUCUCAAAUUGUGUGCUUUGUAGCCCUUUUUAUAAGAUUCUACUAGUAAUGCUUCACCCUCUGUGAUCCUGCAUUUUGUACGUAUUUAUGUUUUGUAAUUCUCUGUAUGCUGACCUGUGUGACACCAUAAGAAAAAUUAUGUAAUAAACAUACAAAUAAAUCACCA